AUGGCCCCUUCCUCUUUCUCUCCGGAGAUGAAAGACAGAGAAUAUAGUAACUGGUCGGAGCUUCCGUCUGAACUAACGUCAUCCAUCUUGCAAAGGCUAGACGCCACUGAGAUAUUGGAAAACGCUCAGAAAGUGUGUAUGUCAUGGCGUCGCGUCUCUAAAGACCCUUCUAUGUGGCGGAAGAUUGUCAUGCAUAACGUAGUAGACAUGGGGUACCACCGCGAUAUCAUGUGCUAUCACGCAGUGGAUCGUAGCCAGGGAGGUUUGGUUGAGAUUGAAAUUUGGUAUUUCUGUACAGACUCUCUCAUCAACUAUAUCGCUGAUAGUUCAACUAGUCUAAGAAGCAUUAAACUUGUAAGAUGCUAUCUAGUAACGGACGAGGAACUUACCUCAGCUCUUGUGAAGCUUCCAUUGCUUGAAGAACUCGAGGUUUCAUACGGCUCAUUGUCCGGACAGUCUCUGAAAGCUGCAGGCAAAUCUUGUCCUAAUCUGAAGACAUUGAAGCUAAACCGCAAGGGAAUUAAGUGUCCUAGACUCUCUAGUGACGAUGAUGCUCUGGCUAUAGCUGAAACAAUACAUGGCCUUGGUCACCUCCAGCUUUUCGGAAACAAUUUAACAGACGCCGGUUUAAACGCCAUUCUUGAUAAUUGUCCUAACCUGGAACAUCUUGAUUUACGUCAGUGUUUUAACGUUAACAUUGUGGGAGAUGUGGAGAAGCGGUGUUCCGAGAGGAUCAAAGUUCUGAGACGUCCUAAUGACUCUACUCAUGAUUACCCACAUGAUGCAUCAGUUAUCGAUAUGUUUUCAUGUGAGUAUGAAUUUCCUGAUGAUACCGACCUGCCAGAUAUUGAUUUCCUUGACUUCCCAGACAUUGACCUUUCUGACUACUUUCAGUCCGCUCUUUAUUUGAUGAACGAUGAUCCGAAUAUUAUAGACGGCAACUUCUAG